AUGCCUUCUCUGGGCCUGGUGAUGGAGAACUGGCAGGCGCUCCCGGCCUUCCUGCUCUGCAGUACACUACUGGUCAUCAAGAUGUACGCGGUGGGUGUCAUCACAGGCUACACUAGGCUUCGGAAGAAGGCUUUUGCCAACCCGGAGGACGCCCUGAAACAUGGAGGCCCCCAGUACUACAGGAGUGAUCCAGAUGUGGAGCGCUGCCUCAGAGCCCACCGCAACGACAUGGAGACUAUCUACCCCUUCCUCUUCCUGGGCUUCGUCUACUCCUUCCUGGGACCUGAACCUUUGAUCGCCUGGGUCCAUUUCCUAGUUGUACUCACAGGCCGUGUGGUGCACACGGUAGCCUACCUGGGCAAGCUGAACCCACGUGUCCGCUCUGGAGCCUAUGUCCUGGCCCAGUUCGCCUGUGUCUCCAUGGCCCUGCAGAUCCUCUGGGAAGUGGCCCAUCACCUGUGACCAGUGGCUGGAACCUCUUCAUCUACCACACUGUGGACAGAAGCCACCGAGGCUGAACCUGGCGACUUGGUGUCUCUUCUAGAAUAGGGAUGGGCUCAGGUCCCGGGUUCCUGGCCACCUAGGUGUGUUGGAUCCCUGAGCCCAAUGUGCGCGCAUGUGUUUCUUAGCCUCUUGGGGUCUGGAUGCCCAACUAGAACCACUUACAGAUGAAUUGUCAAGAUUGACAGAACA